GGGGGGGGGAGGGAGGGACAUACAUCUCUCGAGUUAACAUCAUAAGAGUGUAAAGGUGAUAUGGCUGCGAGCGGUACAGGACAGACGGCAUGCGUGGUGAAGGGCAUGGGCAACGGCAUAAACCCGGUAGAUGCCAAUGCCUCCACCACCGCCAGCGUCAGCCGCUCGGUCGACCGAGUCGUCGGUUCUGAUGACAUGUUCCGGGUCGACGUGACGGUGGAGGCACCUGCCUCUGCGCCGGUGGCAUCGUCGGCGGUGACGCUCCUGCUCGACUCGUCAGGAUCGAUGGCCGGCUCGCGAAUGCAGCUGCUGAAGGAUGCCAUGAAGCAGGUCCUGCUGCUGCUGGAGGAGCGCGGCAUUACGUUCUCGCUCAUCGAGUUCAGCUCGUCACCGCGCAUCCUUGUCCGCACCGGCCAGGCAUACAAGCUGGCAACUGCAGCAGUGGAGAAGCUGCGAGCUUCAGGUGGAACCGCCAUGGGUGCCGCCUUACAGACCGCAUUUCACUUGGCGGCGGCAAGCGUCAACAAAGAGCGCCUCCACACCAUCAUUCUCUUUACCGAUGGCGAGGCCCACGACCCCGACGCAACAACGAGCGUCCUCCGCACCACGAUCGAUUGCCUGCCGGCCGGCCAUCAGCUCUCGCUCCACACCGUGGGUAUGUCAUCGGAGCACAAUGCAACGUUUUUGCAGCAUCUUGCCAACAUCGCCUCUGGGCGCUACACGUAUGUGGCUGGUACGUCCGCCGACGAGGUCGACGUCUUUGCUCAGCAGUUUGGCCACAUCCUCGGCCACGUCUCGUCCAUCGUGUCGAUGAAGACGACGCUCGACGUCGUCGCCCGCGACGGCUGGAUCAUCGAGGACAUGGUUGCUCCCUUUGGCUUCACCAUCUCCAACCCGACCGGAGCGAGCAAGCCUGUCUGGACCGCAUCUCUCGGCAUGCUUGGCACGGAGCAGCGUUUGGUCGUCGCGGUCUUUGUCCGCCCACUCUUGGCCGCCCCGACAACGCUGAAGGCGCGCAGUCGUUGUUCCCGCUGGAAAUCGUCACAGCUACCGCCACCAUGGCCCCAACCUGGAAGCCAGCAGCCACCUCGUCGGCGGCUAUCCCGCAGUCCUUGGAGGUUGGCGACGAUGACAGCCCCAGCGCCCGAUCGCAGCGCGCGCGCCUGCUCACGGUCAAGACCCUCAAGGGCCUCGCCGCCGACUGCUCGCUCGCCAACACCCAAUCUGCUGUCGACACGCUCAAAGAUAUUGGUGUCGUGUCGCGCCCAACUCCACUGGAGACCUCGCUCCGCCACGAUCUAGACGCCGUUCUCGUUGCGCCCGCCAGCGCCGCCUCGCUUCCGGACACACGCUGCCUCCUCCACACUGCCGGCGUUUACGAGACUCAGCUGCCAGCAGCCGAUGCGGGAGACUGCUUUGUCACAGGAGCCAUCAAGGACAUGUCCGUCACCCUCGAUGGCUUUCUCUCCCGAUCCGUCGCUCCGGCCAUCCACGACACCGCCAGCCAGCUCCAGAGCGCCAACUUGGACCCCAGCACGCCGCCGCCAGCUCCCUCGCAGUCGCGCACAGCUCCCUACUCGCCGACUUCCCCGAUACGCGCGACUCGCAAGUCAAGCCCCCAUCUUGCAGAGCUCGAGGCCACAUUGCGCAGGCGCAACAGUUCGGCCGCCCCAAAAGCCACAACCAAGACCCCUAUCGCGGCCGAGCCAGUCGUGCCUCAGCCGUCG